UGGGCAGCAGGCUCUGCUGUCUGGAAGCUUCUCAACUCUCCGCCGAGCGCAGGAUAUGCUCCCAGUCCACCCUCCUCGAAUGAUUGGAGCAGCGAUCCCGGACUGGAAGAAUUUUGACGCUCUAUAAUUUAUAGGAAACCCUAUCUCUACUUUUUCUUCAUUUGAAUUGAGAACGGUCGGAGAACACAGGAACAUGGUGCCCUUUCAUGACUCAUUGAAUGAACAAGAGUAAAACCAGGACCUAUUGGGGAAGUACAAACUAUUGGAACAUGGACCUUAGACUGAAAGGACCAUCACCUCUCUACAAGGCGGUGGUCCUUCAUUUGCUGCUUCUGAGCUGGUGGUUUCUGCCUUCUGGCACAGUCAGCAUACCCAACUUCAUCAGGUCCCCAGAGGAUCAGACAGGGAUCUCUGGAGGUGUGGCAUCAUUCAUUUGUCAGGCCACUGGUGACCCUAAACCUCUCAUUACCUGGAUGAAAAGGGGGAAGAAAGUCAACUCUCAACGCUUUGAGGUGAAAGAGUUUGAUGACAAAUCGGGAUCAGUACUGCGUAUCCAGCCUUUGAAAACCAACCGUGAUGAAGCAAUCUAUGAAUGCACAGCUACCAAUAGUGCUGGGGAGAUCUCUGCAACUGCUAAGCUUAUUGUCUUAGAGGAGGACCAGGUACCUCUUGGUUUUCCCAACAUAGACAUGGGACCCCAGCUAAAGGUUGUGGAGCGAACGAAUACUGCUACAAUGCUGUGUGCAGCCAGUGGAAACCCAGACCCUGAAAUAUUCUGGUUCAAAGAUAUGUUGCCUGUGGACAUCAGUAGGGGCAACGGACGAAUAAAGCAGCUACGUUCAGGUGGUACACCAAUAAGAGGAGCACUUCAAAUUGAGAACAGUGAUGAGUCUGACCAGGGCAAGUAUGAGUGUGUAGCUGUCAACAGCGCUGGCACUCGCUUUUCUAGUCCUGCUAACCUUUAUGUCCGAGAUCAGCGAGAAGUUCGGCGCGUGCCUCCCCGUUUCUCCAUCCCACCCAGUAAUUGUGAGGUGAUGCCCGGUGGCAGUGUCAACCUGACCUGUGUGGCAGUGGGUUCUCCAAUGCCUUUUGUCAAGUGGAUGAGUGGGGAAGUGGAGCUGACACAGGAGGAUAAGCUUCCCCUUGGCCGUAAUAUUCUGCAGCUUACCAACAUUCAACAAUCUGCUAACUAUACUUGUGUUGCCAUCUCAACUCUGGGAAUGAUUGAGACCUUAGCUCAAGUCUUUGUCAAAGCUCUUCCGAAAAAGCCCACCUUUUUGCAGGUGGUAGAGACUACAGCCACGAGUGUUACUCUAACCUGGGAGUCUGGGAAUGCUGAGCCUGUGUCUUACUACUUGGUUCAGUAUCGUUCUAAACCCUCGGACAAUGGUUUUCAGGAGAUAGAUGGUGUGGCCUCAACUCGAUACAGCAUUGGCGGUCUUAGCCCCUUUUCUGAAUAUGAAUUUCGUGUCCUAGCUUCUAAUAGUGUUGGUCAGGGGCCUACAAGCAGUAUUGUGGAAAUCCGUACAGGUGAGCAGGCACCAUCAUCACCACCUCUUCACGUACAGGCCCGCUUGCUGAGUUCCACUACCAUAUUUGUGGAAUGGGAACCUCCUGAGGAGCCAAAUGGUCAGCUACAGGGCUAUCGGAUCUACUACAGCUCCGAGCCCAAUAACCCACUCAGUGCCUGGCAGAUACACAAUAUCAAUGACAGCAAGUUCACUUCCAUCUCAGGUCUGACACCUAACACCACGUAUAGCCUUAGGGUCCUUGGCUUCACAUCUGUGGGAGAUGGCCCCAUGUCUGAUGUUUUGCAGAUAAAAACCCAGCAAGGAGUUCCAUCCAAGCCUUCUGGUUUUGAGGCGGAAGCAGAGCUGGACACCCGGAUAAUGCUGUCAUGGCUUUGGCCCAUCCAAGACCACAUCAUUAGUUAUGAACUACAUUACUGGGAGGCCAACAGUCCCAAAGACAAGCAUCGUGUCACUUUCAGUGCAGCAGGCUCUUUUGCAGUUGACGGCCUGAAGCCAGAUACGCUCUACUUUUUCUCCCUUGCAGCAGGAUCUCAAAGAGGUUUGGGAGUAUUCACUCAGCCUAUCCAGGCAAGGACAACCAAAUCUAUGCUUGGACCUCCUCCCAGGAAGGUGGUAACAGAAACCCUCAACUCCACUGCCAUCAAGGUGACAUGGAAGGCUCCUUUGUCAGUGAAGCAGUCUGGGCAGAUUCAAGGCUACCAUGUUGUAUGCUCCAAGUUAAAGAAUGGAGAACCGCAUGGCCAGCCAGUCAUCAGUGACAUUUCAAGCCCCAAAGCUCAGGAAACCAUUGUAUCUGGUCUGCUCCCUGAGACAACAUAUUCUAUAACUCUGACUGCCUACAACGCCAAGGGUGAUGGAGCUCCCAGCAAAGCCACUGUGGUUACUACAAGCGGUGCUGUGCCUGGAAAGCCCAGUAUGAUGAUUAAUACAAUGAUGAGGAAUACUGCUAUGAUCCAAUGGCAACCUCCUAAAGAAAUGAUGGGAGGACAUUUAGGAUACCAACUACAAUACAAGAGAGCAGAUGAGAAAAAUUUUACAGUCAAAGAUUUCAGAAAGUCAGAUGAUCAUUUUACACUCACUGGCCUCCUUAAAGGGGCCAGAUACAUUUUCAAACUGUCUGCUAAAAACCAAGCAGGCACUGGUGAAGAACAUAUAAAGGAGAUAAGCACCCCUGAAGAUGUGCCCAGCAGCUACCCCCAAAAUCUGAGAGUGGUAGGGCUCACUUCAACUUCCACCAUGCUGGCUUGGGAACCUCCUCCUCUACCUGGCAGGAAUGGAAAAAUGUUAAAGUAUGUAGUUGUGUAUCGUGAUAUUAAUAGCAAGCACAACAGCAGCAACAGUACGGCAGAGACACACAUGACUGUCCUGGGUUUGCUGCCUGACACAACCUAUGACAUCAGAGUCCAAGCUUUCACCAGCAAAGGAGGUGGACCUUUCAGCCCCAGCAUCCAAAGCAGGACCAUGUCAACAUCGAUGCCAGACUUGCUCAAAAACUUUGGUGUGAAGGCUGUAAUGAAAACCUCUGUUCUGCUGACUUGGGAAAUGCCAGAAAUAUACAAAUCUCAAAUUCAUCUCAAGAUUCUGUACAACCACCAAAAUGUGGAGGUUCAAGCUCACUUGAAAAGAAAGCUGAUCACAAAACUACAGCCAGAUACAGAUUACUCUUUCAUGUUGAUGAGUCAUGGGAAUGGUGCUGGUGGUCUCCAGCAGCAGCUUUCCAUCCGAACAGCUCCUGACUUGCUGUUAAUGAAACCAACUCAAUAUCAGGCCACUGUGGAUGAAGACAAGGUGACUAUUAUUCUGCCUGAGGUCCCGGCUGAAGCCCAUGUAAAGUGGUACUACAUAGUUGUUGUCCCUGAAACCCUUGUUUCUUUGAAGAGAUGGGAAAACCCUGAAGACAUAGACAUACAUGAAAUCCUGGAGGCUGGUGUUAACAGCUCAGUGCAGACGCAUAAUCAGGAUUUUCUCCAGCCCACCAUUGCUGCUAAAAUGGAUGUUCUGCCAAAGAUCUUCAUUCUAGGUGACAAUAAGAAAUACCAUGGCUACUACAACAGGCCUCUUCCCAUCCUGCAGCAGUUCCGAUGCUUUGUUUUGGCUGACCUACAAGAUCAUGAAUCUUCUUACCCUUUUUUGUGCUUCACUAUUGACCCAGGACAGCAGCUCACCUGGGAGCAUUCCAACCUGGACAUCAACAAAUCUAAGAACCGUUAUGCAAAUGUUAUUGCUUAUGACCACUCCAGAGUCAUCCUCAAACUGGUGGAUGGAGUUCCAGGGAGCGAUUACAUCAACGGCAACUAUAUUGAUGGCUAUAGAAAACAGAAUGCUUAUAUUGCUACACAAGGGCCUCUGCCAGAGACUAUAUGGGAUUUCUGGAGGAUGGUGUGGGAUCAGAGAACCUACGCCAUUGUUAUGAUGACCCGACUUGAGGAGAAGUCAAGGAUUAAGUGUGACCAGUAUUGGCCCAGUCGUAGUACAGAGACAUAUGGAACAAUUCAGGUCACCAUACUAGACACUUUGGAGCUGGCGACUUAUGUCCUACGGAUAUUCAACCUUUACAAGAUUGGCUCAUGUGAGAAACGGGAAGUGCACCAUUUCCAGUUUCUAGCUUGGCCCGACCAUGGAGUGCCUGAGCAUCCCACCACAGCACUGGCCUUUCUUCAUAGAGUUAGGACAUGUAAUCCACCAGAUGCUGGACCUUUGGUGGUUCACUGCAGUGCUGGUGUGGGGCGCACAGGCUGCUUUAUUGCCAUUGAUGCCAUGCUCGAGAGGAUGAAAUACGAAAAGUCUGUGGACAUAUAUGGUCAAGUAACCUGCAUGCGAGCUCAGAGAAACUACAUGGUGCAAACAGAGGACCAGUACAUGUUUAUACAUGAAGCCCUGGUGGAAGCUGCAACAUGUGACAAAACAGAAGUCCCUGCCUGCAGCCUGUAUGCCCAGAUCCAGAAACUCACCCAAAUUGUUCCAGGAGAGAAUGUUACUGGCAUGGAACAGGAGUUUAAGAAGCUGACUUUGAAUGGAAGCCUUAAAGCAUCCACUGGGAGAUGUAUCAGUGCUAACCUGCCAUGCAAUAUAUUCAAGAACCGUCUGGCAAACAUUAUGCCUUUCGAAUCUAGCCGUGUCUGCCUGCAGCGAAUCAGAGGGAUAGAGGGCUCUGAUUAUAUUAAUGCCAGUUUCAUUGAUGGAUACAGGCACCGGAAAGCAUACAUUGCCACUCAGGGCCCAUUGGCAAAAACUACAGAGGACUUGUGGAGAAUGUUGUGGGAACACAAGUCUACCAUUGUAAUCAUGCUCACCAAACUGCGUGAGAUGGGACGGGAAAAGUGUCAUCAGUACUGGCCUGCUGACCGUUCUGCACGUUACCAGUACCUUGUUGUUGAUCCCGUGGCUGAGUACAACAUGCCUCAGUAUAUCCUCAGAGAGUUUAAAGUCACAGAUACCAGAGAUGGCCAGUCAAGGACCAUCAGGCAAUUUCAGUACACAGAUUGGCCAGAGCAAGGAGUGCCCACCACUGGGGAGGCUUUCAUCGACUUCAUUGGUCAAGUCCAUAAAACUAAAGACCAGUUUGGACAGGAUGGACCAAUCACAGUACAUUGCAGUGCUGGGGUUGGACGGACUGGAGUAUUCAUCACUUUGAGUAUCGUGUUGGAGAGGAUGAGGUACGAAAGCGUGGUUGACAUCUUUCAGACUGUCAAGAUUCUCCGAACUCAAAGGCCAGCCAUGGUUCAGACAGAGGAGCAGUACCGUAUGUGCUACAGGGCAGCUUUGGAGUACCUGGGAAGCUUUGAUGUCUAUGAAAUCUUCCUGUAGGAAGGCAGGAGAUGACCACGAAAGGAGAAAGAAGAUCACCACUUCUGUGUGGACUGUUGCUAAACCACCAUUCCACCAAUGCCUUUCCAAAGAAAGCUUAUAAUCCCCCCAUCCAUAUGCAUACACAUCCAUUUUUACUAGUGUGAUUAAUUGAAAAAUUUCAUAUUAAAACACA